GUUGACGUUGACUCAGCCAACUGUCAUUUCUGCCUAGCGACUUGAUCUCGCCAUCUUCCCGCCCCUGUUCCCGGAUCGACUUUGCAGCCUGAGUAGAAAUCACCGACGCUCAUCCACCCCUGAAGCUCGCCAUGUCGACCAAGAAGAUCCGAAUUUUGUUCUUGGGCGCAUCGUUGGUGGCCGGGUACUCAUGCAUGGGCGCGGUUUACCAUCCCUUCUCACAACAUGUCGCCAGUAUGCUUGGGACGAUCCUGCCGGAUACAAAGAUCGAGACGGUCGUGGACGGUGUGCCCGGCGAUAUGGUGACAAGGGGGAGAUUUCUAGAGCGGAUGCAGAAACAUUUCGGCAAGGGCCAGGAACCCUUCGAUUGGACCAUUGUGCUGGGCGCGACGAAUGACAUAGCAUUCAACAUCCAAGGAGAUGAGAUCAUAGAAGCCUUCAAGAAGAUCUGGGAUAUCCCGCUUUCCCAUGGAAGCAGGGUGCUGGCGCUCACCGUUCCUAGAGCGACCAUCGACAAGAACAACGCUGGCCUCGUUCACCGAAGAAAUGUUCUCAAUCAGUUGAUAAAAGAUCACAAGGCAGAAAACUUCUACACUUUUGACCUUCACGAUGCUCUGCCGUGUGACGAAAACCACCGCAAAUAUUGGGACGACGCGAUCCACUUCACCCCUGAAGGAUACACCUUUAUCGGUGAAAAGGUCGGUGUGGCCCUAAUGGGUCACAUUGUCGCAGAGAGAACAAAAGCAGCAUAGUCGCUAGUACUCGUGAGGACUUCCUGUGUGGACGAAUCCGAACUGGACCGUAAAUUCUUGUCAUCCCACAAUUGAGUGUAGAGGAGUGGUGAGUGUAGAGGAAAGCAAAUGAGACGGGGCUAUAGACCCUGCGUGUCGAUCUGAGCCCUUAAGCGGGAUAGAUCUUGCGAGGUUGCUUUAAGCAUAGCAUGAUCGCCCUGGGC